AUGGCGGGGGCCGCGCGCCGAGCCGCUGCGCCCGUGGGCGCGCCGGGGCCGCGGGGGCCGGGGCGGCCGCGGCAGCAGGGGACGCGGCAGCAGCAGCCGGGGAGGCUCCGCUCGGCGCCCUUGCCCGGGCCGCGCGGGGCGAAGGGGGUGGACUGCGCGCCCAGGAGCCCGGACGAGCAGGAGAUCCCUUUCCGGCUCCGCGAGAUCAUGAGGAGCCGCCAGGAGAUGAGGACGCCCCGGAGCAGCAGGAGGAGGAAGGCGGAGGCCCAGGUGGCUUUCAGGAAGACGGUGGAGGAGGCCAAGGGAACAGAGCCAGACAUCGCGGUCCCCAAGUUCAAGCAGAGGAAGUGGGAGUCCGAGCGGGCCUAUCUCCGCCGCAUGGAGCAGGAGACGCAGCACGUGCUGUUUCUCACCAAGAACCAAGCCGAGCGGCAGCCAGAGGCCCAAGCGGCUCCCAGGGAGAAAUCCACGCGGAAGAAAGCGUUCCAGAAGCGUAAACUGGACAGGGUUCGGCAGCGGAAGGAAGAGAAGGCAGCAGAAAGGCUGGAGCGGGAGCUGCUUCGAGACCCAGUGCAGUUUGGCGAGGUUGCUCUGCAGCCCCCAGAGCUGACUGCCAAACCCAGGACCAGCACGAGCAGGGACCAGCCUGGCAGCAGGUCGCUGUUGCUGAGGGGGCUGCUGAGGCCCAGAGGUGGAGCCCGACCUCAGAACGCCUCGCUGGCCCGGCAGCGCAUCGUGAGCGAGGAGAGAGCACGGGUCGUGCAGGCCUACCGGGCUCUGCGGCAACGGCAGCAACAAAGGACACUGUCACCCCAGUCACCGCCCAUCCCUGCUGGGAAGAUGCCCAGCACACUCCUGUGACACUGAGACCCUCUGGGAGGGCGAGCAGGGGCAGCCCUCCCGCACCCUCGGGCCCUCGCAGCUCGCACCAGCGCUCAGUGGGGUAGAGGCCCCGGUCUGCUGGGACUCCUGUCUCGGGCGGGGCGGCGUCUGUCCUGAGCCUCUGUGGCUGGGCUGGUUGGGCUCAUGAAGUGUGCCCCCCGCCUGGCCUUCGAUCUCACAGGUGCAGAUUGAGUUGGUCCCGUCGCCCGGCCCUUAAAUAGAGCAGUUGGGAUGACACAGGGAACCUAGGAGGGGGACCCCACUGCCUACAUAUAGGGAUGGGGGGGCAGGGCAGGCCUCAAGCACGUUUCUGGUGCGUGGCGGCAAGGACAGUCUGGCCCAGGCCAACACGGGGGCUGACAGCGGGCUACGGGACAGUGUGCGGACUAACCGCGUGCCUGCAUGGGUCCCAAGCAGGCAGUCCUGUCCAGUCAGGAGGGCAGCCCUCCUGGACGCUGCCCUCAGUGUGCCCUGCACAGUGGCCGGGCUGAGCUCUGCAGGGGCUCUGCACUGCCCGGGCUUCCAUCCUGCACGGGAAGUGUUUUCAGGCUGGAAAGUCUCGGUUGCAGCUCAGUGUCCACCCAGGAAAGCAAACACCCUGCUCUCUCGGGUAGACCCCGUCUUCUGAAAUGUAAGAAAUACAUUAUGUGCAACUGUUUAAAUAGAAAGUCUUAUGGACGCUGCGUCCUUACUCUGCCUGUUGGCCACCAGGCAGGCAGGCGCAGGCCUGAGCACUACACAUUCUUGCCACAGCGCAGCCACGCUUGCCAGGGACCUGCCACGUGACCUCCUUGGUGCUGAGGGCGGCCUGACAUCGGCCUGAAUGGGUCCUCCCGGCGCCAGGGAGAGAGACACCAGAGAUGGGCACUGUGCACAGCAGGGAGGGCAGGGGCCUGGUGCUGGGCUUUAGCGUGUCCCCCUCACACCUGGGGUGCAGGGCGGGGGAUGUCGUCUAGGCUGUUUCCAUCUCUGCCUGAUUCUCAGCAAGACGGAAGCAGCGGUUUAGCCCAGAAGCAGACGAGUUGGUAGAGGCCACCCAAGUGGACUGGCGAAGCCUGAGGCCCAAAGGCCCCUUUUAGACCAAUGGGGGGUGUGCCAGUGGGUCGGGGCAGCCACUAGGGCCCAGGCAGGGGCUGGUCCCAUCCUAGCAGCUGUGAGUGGGCAGGUUUCUGCAGCGCAGAGCUGGGCCUGGGCACAUCAGCCUGAGUGCAGAUAGAGAAGCUGCAAAUACCCCCAUUCCAUGCCCAUCCGCCAGGCGCAAGGCUGCACGCCCCCUACCCCCACAAACCACCCCAGAGGCAGGGCUUGGGCAGGGCCCACCUCCUGCCCCCCAUGAAUUCAACCAUUCACUUUCAGCAGAGAUCCCGGAGGGGUGCAACCCCAACCCACAGGGGGCACCUCUUUCUUGGGAGGCUUGCAUGUAAGGGUGGGUCUCCCCUGCAGGGGACUGAGCCUGGGGCAAGUACUGGUUGCUGGGAUCUGUCUGAGCCCCACAGAACCUUGUACCGUGCCCUUGAGAGCUGCCAGUGUGAGCUGGGCCAGGGGCCGGAGCCACCCUGUUGACCUGGGGAGCCUGUGCAGGUGUCCAAGACGCUGCCUCCUGGGCUCAUCCUCCAAGGUCAGCACCAGGGUGGGCGGAGAGGUGGCAGCAGACCCAGGCAUAGCCCCCCCGCUCUGGGGAGGAAACGAACUGAGGCACUCAUGCCUGGACCUCAAAUUUGAGUGGACACCCAACCCUGCAGGAGAAGUCAGGCUCGCCUGGAGGACACCCUGAGCCCAGCAUCUGGAGGGACAAGGCUGGCCUCUGGCCUUGGGGACUGGCUUGUUUUGCUUUUCCUGCCUGGAACCUGAGCCGGGCGAUCAGGUUAGAGUCCUGGCUAGAGUCCCCACACCUCCCAGAGCUCCCCAGGUGGUGUCCAGGCAGCAUUGGCCUGCCAUGAGUCAGCGGGCAUCCCCUGAAAUCUGCCUCCAUCCCACAAUGCCUGCUUGCGGUACCUUCUGGCAGGGACUCACUCUGCUCCCCAAAGCACGCAGGCUGUACAAACAGCUGGAUCACACCAAGAGGUAGAAAAAUCAGGACUUGAACUCAGUGAGUGACAGGAUCCAUACAACCAGAAACAACUAAGGCCGCAAGGGCCCUGGCCUGCAGCUUGUCACUGUACUCUCUGACUUGAUGAAAGACCCAGAGGCCACCCGAGUUUGGGAUACCCCCAGGGCUUGGGACAGCUCCAGCCUCCUGCCCAGGCCUGCUCACCGGUAGGCACAAAGCGAGCAAGAUUACUACCCUCAGCCAAUUACUAAGAUGGGGCAGUCCCCCCGCCACCCCACGGCAAACCACCCGCAAGACAUCAGCAGAAUUCCUGGCUUCAGCAAGACCCUAACCCCCCCACCCCCCCAAGCU